CUUCAAACUUCCAUCCUUAGAUAGCCUCCUUAGAGAGGGCUGGUGGAGGCCUGUCCCUGCCCUGAGUGGGCAGUGAUGUCCCCAGCAGGGACCCGUGGAUGUGGCCGAAGAAGGUCUGCAUACAGGAAGGACGAGGCGGAGGCCCUCUACCUGGCUGGUGGACACAGUGAAAGCAGAGGCUGCCCACUGUCCGGUGUGGAUGGGUGCCCGCCCGAACCCAGCAGGGCCGCAGGGGUCUAGCAUGGACAUGCUGCGGGGCGGAGGGUCGGAGCCCUGUGCAGGACCAGCUCACGCCCGCCAGCCAUGUCCACGGGUCAUUGUAGUGGCUGCCGCUGUGGCCACCCCCUCCCCAUGGCCCAACAUGAGAUGUGGGGCUUGCACUGUGGGGAGACCAGCAGGCACUGGCACCGCAGCAUGUGGGGUGGGUUCUCAGUGGGUCGGUGGUGAGGUCACAGUGGACCGCCAUGUUGGGGAUGCCCAGGGCUCCCCUGUCCUCCUCCUCCCCCUCCCCCAGGUACUUCUACUCCCGGAGGAUCGAGGUCUCCCUGUCAUCCGUCAAGUGCUUCCACAAGCUGGCCUCUGCCUUUGGGGCCACCGAGCUGCAGGCCUACUGUGGACAGCUCUUCGCCACCUUCCUCCCCGAGGACCCGUCCUUCCACAAGGCCCUGGAUCUCUACGCCUAUGCGCGGGCCUCCGGGGACCCCGUGCUGGAGGAGCUGUGCGUGCAGUUCCUGGCCUGGAACUUGGAGAACCUGACCCAGGCCGAGGUCUGGACAAGCAUCCCCCAAUCCUUACUGGAGGCCCUGCUCCCCAGGAGCGAGCUGGCCGUGUCCAGCGAGCUGGCCCUGCUGCAGGCCGUAGACGUGUGGAGCCGGGAGCAGGGCGCCUCCCCGGGGGAUGUGGAGGGCCUGGUGGAGCACAUCCGGUUCCCCAUGAUGGCGCCCGAGGACCUCUUUGAGCUGCAGUUCACGCUGCCCCUGUACCAGAGGCACGAGGUGCUGUUCCAGAGCAAGAUCCUGCAGGCUCUGGAGUUCCACACGGUGCCGCUGCCGCUGCUGCUCCGGCACUACGGCCUCAACCUCACCUCCGAGGCCUACAUGCCCCGCGCCUACACCGCCGCCAACUGGAGCGCGUCCGUCACCAACGGUUCCUGGGCCGCACAUGCCCAGUGGGACUAUCCUUCCAGAGCUCCAUUUGUCUACAGAAAACAACUGGGCUACAGAUACAGCUAUCUCUAUUCUCCCUACCAGUCCUUCCAGACCCCCCUGCACCCCAGCUUUCUCUUCCGGGACCAACUGGUCUCCUGGUCUCUCGUCUACCUGGGACGGAUGCAAGACUGCUGGAACUAUGGCUUCUCCUGCACCUCCGACGAGCUCCCGGCCCUGGGCCUCACGCGCUCCGGUGCCUGGGACCCCACCGUCGGCUACGACAACAAGGCCCUCAUGCUCUGCGACGGGGACCUCGUGGUGGACGUGGCCGACUUCCAGGGCUCCAAGGCCCCCAUCCCCAGCGCCCUGGACACCAACAGCUCCAGGAGAGCCUCGUCCUUCCCCUGUGCCUCGGGGUCAUUCAGCAGCUACCAAGUGGUCAUCCGCCCCUUCUACUUCAUCAACUCCACCGGCCUAGAGUAGAUGGUGACCCGAGGUGGGGAGGGUGGUGCCAGGAGAGGUGG